AUGAAGGCCGUGGCCCGAAGCUACGUGUGGUGGCCCGGUAUUGAUGCCGACAUUGAGGCGUGCUGCGCGGGUUGUCACACGUGCGCAGCGGAGGCACCGGCGCCGCCGCGCGCGCCGGUUAUGCCGUGGGAGUACCCCGGGGAGGUAGUUUCGGACAACGGGCCUCCAUUUACUAGCAGGGAGGUGGAUACCUUCAUGCGAUAUUAUGGUAUUACUCAUACUUUUACACCCGCAUACCACCCGGCAUCAAAUGGGACCGCCGAAACAGCUGUUAAGUUGUGCAAAAGGGCGCUAAAAAAGGCAGUUAGAGAUCAAGUAGAUGUGGAAGAGGCUCUUCAGGAAUAUUUGAUGGCAUAUAGGAAUACUCCCCACAGCACAACGGGACAAACACCGGCCAUGCUUCUCCAAAAGCGGGCAUUGCGUUGCCGUCUGGACAUGUUACGGCCUGGUCGCGGGCUCGAGCAGCGUGUGGAGGCGGCACAAGAAAGGCAGGUGCAGCAGGCGGGGGGUACCGAUAGGGCGUUCCGGAUAGGAGAUCUUGUGUGGUUUAGGGAUUACAGCUCGGGGGAGAAAUGGCUUAAAGGGAAGGUGGAUAGCUUGAUAGGUUCUAGGACUGUGUUAGUGGUAAAGGAAAACGAUUUAUCAACUAGGUUUAAGAGGCAUGUAGAUCAAGUUAGAGCGCGAUCACCAGUUUCCGCGUUGGCGUGGCCUGGUCCGAUGGACCAUCCUGGAAUCACCCAACCACCGAUACCACCCGUGCCGCCGCAUCUUAUCGAUGACGUCACAUUUAGAAGAAAUGAUUCUCAGUCUUGCAUCGAUAACUUCAUUACUAAUUUACCCUGCGACUCCAUUUUGACCACUAACAUUGAUCACAACGGUCUAGCUGACGGACAUGCUGCUAUUUUUUGCGAAUUAGUUACUGAGAUCAAUCAGAACAAUGAUCUUAAACAAAGCUUUGUGAUAUCACAAGCAAAAAUGACGAUUCAACAUGUGCCAAGUAAAGGGAGGAUAUCUAUAAUUAAAUUCCAGAAUUUCACGAUACAAAAAAGACAGCCUGUAAUACGAUUAGUCUAUGGUUUCCUACUAGUCCUCAUAGCGAUAAUUAUGGUGAUUAUAGACCCUGUACAAAUGAUCACAGAAUGGAAAACUCAGAUAAAGAACGACUCGUACGUGAUGAAAAUGCUGCAGAACCCAACUUACGAGCUUUACGCGGACAUCUGGGUGUUCAACUAUACCAACGUACCGGAGUAUCUGUCCGGCAAGGAGAAGACCAUGCGGGUGGAAGAGGUGGGGCCCUUCCACUACCAAGAGCUGCGGACAAACGAGAACAUCACCGUGAACGACAAGGAAGGAACCGUCACCAUAAUGCCCAAGAUCGUGCUGAAGUUCCUUCCAGAAGAAUCCAUCGACGACACCAAGAAUGUCAACUUGUUCAUACCUAACAUCGCUUUAAUUGCCAUCAGCACGGUAGCAGCGGACCAUUUGCCCUACCUGGUGAACAGUGGCCUGUACAUGUCCGCCAAGACCAUGGGCUCCAAGCUCUUCACCACCAUGAAUGUCCACGAGUUCUUCUGGGGCUUCAAGGAUCCCGUGGUCACCAUUGCGCACAAUCUGUUCCCGGGCUGGAUUAAUUUUGACUCCAUUGGAUUGUUGGAUCGCUUCUACGCCGAAACCCCAACGAAAGUGGUGCUUGAACUGAGAGACGAGGCCACACGUUACUCCAUCAAUUCUUGGGGCGGCUCAGGAGGCAUCCCACAGCAGGGCUACACGGACUUGAACACUAGCACUAAUUGCAACCGUAUAAAGGGAUCGUACGAGGGUAUGAUGAUCUCGCCCCACAUGACGAGAGACAAGGUCAUCCCGCUGUACAGACGGCAAGCCUGCAGGAUCUUCCCUCUCACUUACGUCAAGGACAUGAAAGGAUACGACGGACUCGAUUAUUUUAGAUAUGAGGUAUCUAAAAAUGCUUUCAGUCAAAGCUCGGCUUUCGCCUGCAACUGCACUUCAAGAUGCUUGCCUGAAGGUUUCGUGGACAUCGGCGGCUGCUACUAUGGGUUCCCGAUAGCGUUAUCCAAGCCCCACUUCAUGGACGUAGACCCGGUGCAAGCCAGCUACUACACUGGCAUGCACCCAGAUCCUGAGAAACACACCACCAAAAUUGAUGUCGAACCUAUCCUGGGCGUCCCUCUAUCCUUCUACUCAAAGAUUCAAGUGAACAUGGCGGUCCGAACUUCGCCUGCGAACCCUCUCACCAGCCCGCUCAAAGACAAGGUUCUACCCUUGGUAUGGCUGCAAUUGUACUGCAAGGAACCCCCCGCAGAAGUCAUCCAGCUACUCCGCCUGCGUCUGAUCAUCGCUCCUCCUUUGGUCAUCACCAUCGAGGUCCUUCUCUUCCUGAUCGGCUUCUUCCUCGGCGUCCAAGGCGCCUACCGCCUCAUCAGGCCCAAGUAUAAGCUUAAGGCAGUCAAACAGGCCAAGGUCAUCAGGAGAAGCAGCAUCAGGAGGACUAGUCUUAUAAUUAAUAUUGCUGAGAACAAAUGCUUCAGGGAGGAUGAGACGGAGGCAGUAUCGCUGCUUGGGGAUCCUCAGGAGCUCCAGGAGUUUAUAAGUCGUCAGUGAAGAUUUAGAAGG